GCUGUGUGUGAGUGAAUGUGGCUUGUGUGUUUUCUCUGCAGGGACUUCCUUUUUAAAAGGAGCCAGCUGUUCCCAGAGCCUGUGCAGAAAAAAUGUUUGAGUAUCCUGGCUCACAUGAGAGAGUCUGCGCACGAGUACUUAUUAAGGAAUGUGCAUGCUUUACUCAAGCCACAGUACAAGAAGCUGGGCACCAAAGAGUGGCUGUACACGACCCAGUUCAACGAGCUGCUGUGCUGCAUCGAGAGACAGAUUCAGAAUAUUGAGGGUCUGCCAGAAAUUUGUCACCAGGGUCUGGUUGGCCAGUUUCAUGUGGAUGUGGCAGCAGAAUAUGUGAAGAGGCUCCUGAAAGCACAAGUCAAGUUAAAUGACAAGGAGGAGCAGGACAGGGCCUACACCGUCGUGACAAACAACACAGAGAGUCUACACAAUUUAAUGAGCAAAAUGGGAUCAAAGGAGGACUGGCUGAAAGAAGUCCUGACCAUGAUUGCAGAAGUGCUGAAACUCCAAGAUCUCCCAGCCAUCCAGAUUCAUAUGGCAGAACUGGGGAACCGUUUUCCUGACCUCAGUACAAGACAUGUUUCAGCCCUGCUCAAACUCAAGGCCACUGUCUCCAAGAAAGACAGGAAACUUGUCAAACAGACUUUGUCAGAGGUUUUGACAGGAGGCAGGUUUGGUGAUGCUCCACCAUUUUUCUCUAAAGUCAAAGUCUACUGAGCCGUAAGUUCUGGAGUUACAUUCACUCCUCAUUUGUACAGUAUUAUGUAUUAUAGCGUCUGUGUAUAAGUGUGAGUUGUUUUUUAAUUCUGAUUCUGCAGAAUACAAGCACUGUAUCAAAGUGUGUGACGAUGUACAUGACAUUGUGGGCAAACAUGAACAUAGCAGAGAAAGACAAAGCUUGAUCUGAGAUGUGACUUAGGCUGGAGAGAAUACUGUGUGCAG